AUGACGACCAAGCCCUCGAGUCAACACAGUGCGUUCACCAUCUUUGCUGUUACGUCUCUAAUAAGUCGGGAGAGAGCAAGACCAGCCCACCAGACCACCAGCCCCACCAGCCCCACCAGCCAGCAGCCCCACCAGACCCACCAGCCCCACCAGGCCCCACCAGGCACCACCCACCAGACCACCGACCAGCACCAGCCACCAGCCCCACCAGACCACCAGCAGCCCACCAGCCCCACCAGCCACCAGCCCCACCAGACCCACCAGACCACCUGGCCCCCAACCCGCAACUCCCGAAGCAAACGACGCCCUCCCAAAUCCCCAUCUCCUUCGUUCGCCGUUUAA